AUGGGGAAAAAGCCCGUUCCCGACGCCUGGGACGACGACUGGGAAGUCCAGGCAGAUCAGGCGGCCAAGGAAGAGGCCCAGAACCCUACGCCCGCGCCAGUCUUGACAAAGGCUGAGCAAUUGGCAAUUCAUGCAGAAUCGAACCGAAAACUCUGGGAGUCGGCAGAAUCAAACCAGACGUUUCAUUACGUCGAGGCCGCCAGUACUGUACCAGUGGCUGCGACAUUCAAGCCGCAAGUCAAGGUGCUCAGCAGAAAGCCCGUCAUUGCCAAACGCGGCGGGCCUUCCGGCGCUCUCGCGCAGCUCAGCCUGGAUGACGACGAAACCAAGAAGGAAAUCCAGCUCAGUCCCGAGGAAGUACGCGCCAGGCAGAAGCGCGAGCGCGAGGAGAAGCAGCGCAAAUACGACGAGGCCCGCGCCAAGAUUUUUGGAGAGUCGGCACCCUCGUCCCGCGGGUCGUCGCCGGGCAAUGGCACCACGACGCCGCCGAGGCCGGACUCGAGGUCGCAGCCGGGCAGAGGGCGAGGGCGGGGCGCACGAGGCGCGGAUAAUGCCCGCAGCCAGUUGGAAUCACGCCGUGCGCCACUGCAAGCCAGCACCGCAAAAUUGUACGACCCCAGCUACUCACCAAAGCCCGACUCUGGCGCCCAGAAGCGAGACGAUGCGGCGGGCAAUGCGAAACUGCAAAACAGAGACGAAGGCGCGCCGAUUCGGGCACCACGCGGACCGGAUGGCACUGGAAGGGGCGGGUUCGGAUUUGCGCGUCGCGGCGCGAGAGAAGCUUGA